UCACCUUGUGGUGCCUUUUGCCUUUGCUGGCAUUUAGUCCUCAAAAUAGUCCCAUCCUCACGUUGAGGUUAGAUGGAGGGAAACAGAGGAAAGUGACUAGCCCAAGGUCACCCAAGUGCCAGGGCAGGACCUGAAUUCAGGCUCCCAGGCUGCAAAGCCUGAGUCCCUCCCCGCCACGCCUGUGCCAGGGUGGAAAGCUUGGACUGCUGGCCUUGGCUCUGGAGACAUCCCCCUGGACCACGUGGGCUCCUAACCUAUCCAUGGUCACUGUGCUGAGGGGUGGGACAGUGGGUCGCCCCUAGUUCUUCUUCCCCUGGGGCCAGAUUCAUAGACAAAGGGGCUGCUCGGCUCUCGGAGACCCCCUAAGCGCCCCGCCCUGGCCCCCGCCCUCCCCCAGCUCCCGCUCCCAGCUCCUGGUGCUGACACCGGGCCAGAAGAGGAAAGGCUGUCUCCACCCACCUCUCGUACUAUCCCUUCUCUUUAUAAAGGCCGGAACAGCUGAAAGGGUGGCAACUCCUCCUGCAGCCGGGAGAGGCCCGCCUGCCUUCCCGUGCGCCCGCAGCCUCCCCCGCUGCCUCCCUAGGGCUCCCCUCUGGCCGCCAGCGCCCAUUUUUGAUUCCCAAGCUAGAGAUAUUUUGCGCGCACACACAUACAUACACGCGCAAAAAGAAAAAAAAAAAAGCCCACCCUCCAGCCUCGUUGCAAAGAGAAAACCGGAGCAGCCGCAGCUCGCAGCCCGCAGAGGACGCCCAGAGCCGUGAGCCAGCAGGCAGGCAGGCAGACCGACCGACUCGCGCCGAGUCCACCUGUCGGCGGAACCCGGCGGAGCACAGAGCGGGCAUGGCGCGCGCGCUGAGCAGCGGUGCCUGCCGACCGGGGGCCCGCGCCAGGGCGCACACGCUCCCGCCCCCCCCACCCAGCCCGGGCGGGAGUUUGCACCUCUCCCUGCCCGGGUAUUCGAGCCGCCGUUGCAAAGCCAACUUUGGAAAAAGUUUUUUGGGGGAGACUUGGGCCUUGAGGUGCCCAGCCCUGCGCUUUCCUAUUUUGGGGGCCUUUUCAGGAAAUGUUGCAAAAAAGCUAAGCCGGCGGGCAGAGGAAAACGCCUUUAGCCUGCGAUUGAAGACGAACCAUCGACUGCCGUGUUCCUUUUCCUCUUGGAGGUUGGAGUCCCCUGGGCGCCCCCACACGGCUAGACGCCUCGGCAUGUUCACAAUGCAGCCUCCCCCCCCCCCCCCCCCCGCCAUGGAUGCUCACUCGGGCUCGGGAUCCGCCCAGGUAGCGGCCUCGGAUCCAGGUCCUGUGCCCAGGUCCUCCCCUGUCCCCCAGCAACCGAGCCGGGGGGCAGUGGCGCCCGGGGGCCAUGCGGGGGAGCCGCAGCUGCAGCGGCCUGAGCGCCUGAUCGCCGAGGACCCAAGCCGAGCUCACCUCCUUCCCCAGACCCCCACCCUGGCCCUGGGGGCGGCGCGCUCAGUUUAUGCGUCCGGGGCCCCGCGGGGCCGGGCCCGGAGUCGGCAGGAAUCGCUGCUGGGCGCUCUUCCUGUCUCUCUGCUGCUACCUGAGUCUGGUCAGCGCCGAGGUGAGUGGCCACGGCUGGGACUAGUUCUUCAUUCAUUACCUUCGCCCCCACCUUCUGACCGCCCCCUCCUCUCCCUGCAGUGAACUUUGGACCCUUGCAGCCCGCGAGCCUGACGCCAGGCGCUGGGUGACCUCCUCGGGCUGGGAGCGAGGUCCGCGGGUGACAGGCUCUAAGGGACGGCAAGAGCGGUGGCUUUCUUUCCAACCGCGGGCGAACCUGGCUCCCCCGUUCCGCGUCGGGGGAGGGUGUGUGUGGACCUGCCCCCCACCCCUCGGGAACCCGAGAACAAGCCCGUUCCGGGCCAGGGAAGAGGGGGUGGGGUGGCGCCCCGGGUGCAGAAGGCAGCGCGUCCUCCCGAACCCACUUCGGCGCCAGCCUCGGCUUAGGCUCUGUCCUGCCACCGGCUUGCCCAGGAGGUGCAAGCUUGCCCACCAGUGCCAUCCACGCCGAUCUCCGGCGGGGUUCGGGUCCCACCCUGGCUCCCGGUGGGGGUCCGGGUGGGCGCCCUCCGGCACGCGCAGGGCAUGCCCGGCCCCAAAGCACUGUCUAGAAGCAGCUUGUGUCUCCGACGCGGGGACUGGGGGGUGGGUAACAGGGAGAGAGAGCUAGAGGGCGAGACGGAGGGACAGAGGCGCAGGUAGGUUUCGGGCACUCGGAUAGGGGAAGAACUGAAGGAAUAGGGGGCUCUGAAGGAAUCCAGCUCCCGGGGCGCUCUGUGCCUGAGGCCUCGCCGUACCUGUGCCCCCGCCCUAGGAGAGGAAGCACCUCUCUCCCCCGCAUGCAGGGUGCGGAGCGCGCCGCCUGCAAAAGCCUAGCUGCACAGGAGAUAGGGUAUAAAAAAAUCUGCCGGAGCGCUGGGGUCGGAGCCGUCCCCUCCCAGCCUCACAGAGCGGAGAACACUUCGAGGUGGACGCCUGCUCAGGCCACUGUGCCAACGGGGUGUGCAAGAACGGGGGCACCUGUGUGAACCUGCUCAUCGGCGGCUUCCACUGCAUGUGCCCCCCCCCCACGGCAAGUACGAGA